AAAUCAGCUCAUACCAGCGUCCAACUUUUAACUUUUUGCCUCACCGGCCAAGACGACUGGUAGGUGAAAGAAAUCCACAGACCAAAAUAAGAAACAGCUUUUUAGUGUUACAUAUACAAUAGUUUUAGUACAUUACACGUUAGACACAAGUAAAAAUACUCAGUACAGACUCUCUCUCUUUUUUAUUACACAACCAUUUUACUACAAACCUGCCAGUGAGGCUCAUAGCCAGUACUCUCAUUGCUCUACUAUUUGCAAUCCUGGCAAAACAGAUGCUUCCUCUUUUUUUGGUUGUAAGCAAUAUAAACUGAUUGUGGUGUAACUCUUCCUCGGGUGUAUGACUCGCUCUUCUCCCGUUUUUAGGUACGAGCGAUGGGCGAGAGACGUGGCUUGCUGUGGAGCGCAGCAGGCCUGGACCCUGCUAUCCGACAGCAGGGCUGAGGAGCUGCAGAGGAGUGAGGAGUCUCCCCAGCCCUCACCUGAAUACCAGUCCCCAGCUGCGCCCUGUGGGCCUCCGUCAGGCCUCCCUCAGUCUUUACUCGCAGUUAUUUUCCGAGUGUCAGUGUGUAGCUUAGUCUUCAACUAACCUUUGUUGAAAUUUAAGAAGCAGAUCCUCCACAGGUGGCCCCCGAUUGUUGUUUUAUGAAUCUGACUCCCAAACACACCCUGCGACCAUGAGGAACACCAGAUCUAGCCUUCUGCUGGGCUGCGUGCUCCUCUGCUCCGCCUCCCUGCUCUACCUGGGCAUGAGCGGGAUAGACUGCCCCCCAAAAAGCCAUCGGUACCGGUGGAUGGAGCUCAACCUGGGCUCGGCCAAUCAGAGCUUAUCCCAGACUGAAUACUUCCCCGAGGACACGCCCCUCAUCUUCAUCGGCGGCUUUCCCAGGAGCGGCACCACGCUGAUGCGCGUCAUGCUGGAUGCCCACAGUCACGUGCGGUGUGGGGAAGAGACCCGAGUGAUUCCCCGCCUCUUGGCCAUGCGGGCCACCUGGAGCCGCUCGGUGAAGGAGAGGAUACGACUGGACGAGGCCGGCGUCACUGACCAGGUGUUGGACUCGGCCGUACGAGCAUUCCUGUUAGAGGUGAUAGUCGGCCACGGGGAGCCUGCACCUCGCCUUUGCAACAAGGAUCCCUUCGCCUUGAAGUCUCUCUCAUAUCUGUCGCGCAUCUUCCCCAAAGCCAAAUUUGUGCUCAUGCUACGAGACGGACGGGCGACUGUCCACUCCAUGAUAUCACGCAAGGUCACCAUCUCUGGGUUCGACCUGACCAGCUACAGGGACUGUCUGACCAAGUGGAGCAGCGCGGUGGAGACCAUGUACAGUCAGUGCCAGGCAGCAGGGGAGGGCAGAUGUAUGCCCGUCCGCUAUGAGCAGCUCGUCCUCCACGCAGAGGGGGAAAUGAGGAAGUUGCUUCACUUCCUAGAGCUGCAGUGGGACCCGUCGGUAUUGCACCACGAAGAGCUGAUCGGAAAAGCCGGUGGUGUGUCUCUGUCCAAGGUUGAGCGCUCCACAGACCAGGUGAUGAAGCCGGUGAACACGGAUGCCCUCUCCAAGUGGGUUGGACACAUUCCCUCCGACGUUAUAAAUGACAUGGCUGAAAUUGCCCCCAUGCUGGCUCGCCUGGGCUACGACCCCAACGCCAACCCUCCCGAUUACGCAAGAGCAGAACCCAUGAUAUCUCGGUUCAACUACUCACAGAGUUUGAAAGCAACAGAGGCUCCACACCCGAGUUAAGCAAGAAGAG